AGAGUUCAUGCAAAAAUCGUGGUAGUGUUGGUGAGAAUAUCUAAAUUCUUUCAGUUAUAAGAUUGUAUCUGUGAAAUAUGCAUAUUUUAAAUCAGUUAUGAAUUGUAUAUAUCUAUCGACAAGUACAAGUUAAUAAUUUACUUGAUCACUUAAUUAUUGGUUAAACAAACAAGACAAUUUAGUGAUUUUACAUUUUGUUGCUAUUGGCAAUAUCAAUUUAAUAAUCUUAUAAGUACAACAAUUUUUCUUGCUUGAAUUAAAAUCUUUAAAUAUAUUAGUUUUAAUAAAACAAUGA